AUGGAAAAAAACUUAAUAGAAAAAGGGAUAAAUCCCUCUGAGCAAUUCAAUCUUGAAGAUCGUUCAGAUACAGAGUCUUAUUCUUCUUUUUACAGCUCGGAUAAGAGUCAAUCAUCCAACAAUUCUCAAUCUAGAAGUAAGAAACGUAUAAAAUAUUCAGAUGUAGAUAAUAAUUUAAACUUUCCUUUAGGGUUUAUUGGGUUCAAUCUUAUACCGGUAGUACGUAUAUUAUCCUUUAUAGUUUCAACUAUUUUAGUAUUAAUUAUACAUUUAAAUAUAUUACCUAUUUUAGAUAUGUGGUUUUAUAUAGAUUUAAGACUAUUCUUUACUUUAUUUUUAAUGGUUAAUUUAGCUAAACUUAUGUAUAAAUGGUAUAACACGGCGAUUAAUAUUUAUAAUCAUUACUUGAACAAAGAUUAUCUGACUAUAUAUUUUAAUAUUUAUUUUUCUAUUGUUACAGUGUUAUUAUAUUUUAGUAGUAAUAGUGAUAUUUGUAUUUUUUAUUGUUAA